AUGCUCGUGAUCGCCUGCCACGAGAUCUGGCACGUCCUCACUGGCCUUGCGCUCGGAGGGCAGCUGACCAUGUUCUGCAUCGAUCCCAAUAUGGGUGGUUUCACGAACUUCAUGGGUCCGAUCCUGAACCAGGAGCAGAGCGAACACAGCGGCUACGUGCCAACCGAAGGCGUCAUGUCGGCCGACGGACCUGGCAUGUCCUCGAUGCUCCUCAUGGGGUACUUCGGGAGCGCGGUGAUCGGCUUCUUCCUUGUGGUGUGCUCAUUCAGCGCUUCGAAGGUCGUGGGCAUCUUCAUCGCCAUCGGCCUGCUGCUCUGCAUGCUGAGGGCGUGGCGGAAAACCUGCGCGUUCUGGGUCGCGCUCCUCAUCGGCCUCUACUUCGCGGCACAUGGCAGCGCCUUGCGCUUCUAUGCUACUCAUUUGCUACAGGAGCUGACGACAGGGACCAUGAACCUCUUCUACGCCGUGUGGGACUUCAGCGAGCGCCGGCUUUUCCCUCGCGAGCAUCCGAGUUGCGCCGAGCACUUGGCCAUGAGCAUGGGUCUGACCCCAGGAGGUGAGCUAGGUGAAUCGGACCACGCAGCUGAACGCAGUGUGGGCGACGAUCUGGAUCAUCAUCGAGAGCGGCUUCAAUCGGCGGAUGAGCAAAUGAGGCAAGCGUAA